AUGGUACCAACAUCAGAAGUCCCCUUUCCACAUCUCCCUGUUGAGCUCCGCGAACUCAUAUACCUGUUCGCCUUUCUCCCCGAACCCCACACCCCAGGAACCUACCAAAAGACUUUCAGUGCCGCGGAUUCGAUCUACAACCGCGGCCCAUUGUUGCCCUGCUUUCUCCCAAAGUUUUGUCACGUAAACGAGGCAACACGUGUCGAGGUCGGCCUGUGGUAUAUUCGUAGCAUAGAAAUUGGGAUCUUAUAUCCCGCGAACUGCUCAUACUUCACUCGAUUUUUGAACACUUUUCCCAACCAGCAAGGCUUUGAGGCUGUCCGUCGCUUGGAAUUCCAGCUUUUUGGGCGCUACCGCGUACGAGUUGAUGAAGUAAAUCCGUAUAUCGAGUUAAUGAAAUGCUGCCCAGGGCUAAUGGAAGCGCGGAUCAAGUUCCGGAUCUCCGACUUCUGCAAACCACAGCUUUGUUCAUCGGUCGAGAACCCUUGUAAUAGCUCGAUUCUGAGUAUUCAGACCCUGGUCGAAACAUACCGUAUGACUGAUCUUUUCGAUUUGAACAGGCUGACGAAGUUGACGAUUGAGAUUUGGCUAAGGAAGAGGACGAAACCGGAAACACAGAUCGUGUCUUCUCAUUACGUGCUACAAAUUGAUCAGUUGAAAGAUUGGUUGAAAUUCCGGUUUCUGGAACAGGGGAGGAGGGUCAAUGUAGUCGUGGAGAGCGUUAGAACGGCAGGGGUGAGAUUGAAUAUGUAG